AUGGUGCUGCUGGCCGGGCCCGGGCCGGAGGGCGGCGGGGCGCGCUGCCUGUCCCCGCGGCCGCCGACCCUGCCCCGGGGCGCGCCGGCCGGGGACGAACCAGCCGACGAGGAGGAGUUCGAGGACUUCUCCAGCCUGCCGGACACUCGGAGUAUCGCGUCCGACGACUCCUUUUAUCCCCCGGGAGACGAGGAGGGCUGCGGCGGGCUGAGCGCUCAGGACGCCCCCGAGGGCGUCCCCGAGGCGGCGACCCUCCUGCGCGCCGCCAGCGCUAACGACGUGGGGCUGCUGCGGGCCUUGGUGCGCCGGGGUCCGCGACCCGAGGACGUGCGGGAGACUGACCGCAACGGCCGGACCGGCCUUAUUGUCGCCUGCUACCAUGGCUUUGUGGAUACUGUGGUGGCCCUAGCAGAGUGUCCCCACGUUGAGGUCAACUGGCAGGACAACGAGGGGAACACGGCUCUGAUCACAGCUGCGCAGGCAGGGCAUGCCACCAUUACCAACUACCUGCUGAACUACUUCCCUGGGCUGGACCUUGAGAGGAGGAACGCGUUUGGCUUUACUGCUCUCAUGAAAGCUGCCAUGCAGGGCCGGACCGAGUGCGUGCGCGCCCUGCUGCUGGCAGGAGCAGAUAUCCACGCAAGGGACACCCACCGUGGGAUGUCGCCCCAGGAGUGGGCAGCAUACACAGGCCGCGUAGACGUGGUUAGCCUGAUGCAGAGGUUGCUGGAGCGGCCCUGCCCAGAGCAGUUUGGAGAUAAGUACAGGCCUGAAUUGCCGCUGGCUCCCGAGGCGGCCCUGAAGCCCACGGGCUCCAAAAACUGCUUGCAAAGGCUCACAGCCUUCCUGCGCUCCACGCUGGCCUCCCACUCCAGCCAGAGUCUGCAGGAUGGGGGAGUUCUUGACCACAUGGUCAGGAUGACCACCAGCAUCUACAGCCCCGUGGUUGCCAUCGUCUGCCAGACUGUGUGUCCCGAGAACCCGCCGUGCGUGGGGAAAAGGCGGCUGGCAGUGCAGGAGAUCCUGGCUGCCAGAGGGAACCAGGCCCCAGAGCAGGACGAGGCUGGGGGCUCCGAGCUGCAGUUCCGGACUUCAGAUGGCAUGGAGAGCUCCAGAGAGGAACCCCCUGCCCCGAGCCUCCCGUCUCCCCACCGGCACCCGCCCAGUGAGCAGCGGCCCACCCCCAUUCAGCGGAAGGCCAGCCUCCUGCCCCUGCAGCUUCUGCGGAGGAGCAGCGUGCGGCCAGGCCUGGUGGUCCCCAAGGUACGCAUCAGCAAGGCCCCGGCGCCCACCUACCAGCCUGAGCGCAUGUCCAGCAAGGGCAGCACCAAGGACAGCACCUACCUGCAGAUCCCCAAGUGGCGCUACAAGGAAGCCAAGGAGGAGAAGAGGAAGGCGGAGGAGGCCGAGAAGAAGCGCCUGGCCGAGGCACAGAAGGAAAGGCGGGCGCCACGCUGGAGGAGAAGGACGUGA